GUAGUCCUCCAGGGUCCAUGGCGUCCUCCACAGCCCUUCUCCUCUUCUGCCUCCUGGGCAUCUUCUCACCUGUCUGGUGUCAGCAGCAGGAGUUUCAGAUUGAGGAACAUCAGCCAGAAGAUGAUGCGGUGGAGGAACAGAUCGAUGACAUGGAGGGCAUCCCAGAAGAGGACAGGUACUCUGUGUCCGCUCUGAUUGAAAGAGCCAACAAGAACGCAGGAGAGGCUCUGGACGAUCCUGAGAUCACUCAGGGUGACGUUGCGGUGCACACGGCUCUUGGGAAUGCCGACCCCUGCACGGCCCGUGGCUGCAAGUGGCAGAAGUACAGAGACGGGAAGGUCUACGUCCCCUACAUCAUCGCCAACCAAUACUCGGCGCGUGAGAGGGCCACGAUUGAGAGAGGCCUGCAGUCUUUUUCCCAGUCCACCUGUGUUCGCUUCGUACCCCGUAGACAACAGAGAGACUUCGUCCAUAUCCAGUCUCGCUCAGGGUGCUGGUCCUUCGUUGGCCGUAGGGGUGGUGGACAGGUUGUGUCCCUGGCCCGUAGGGGGUGUGUGUACCACGGCAUAGUGCAGCAUGAACUGCUCCACGCUCUGGGCUUCAACCAUGAACAGUGCCGUAGCGACCGCGACAGACACGUACGCAUCAUCUACCGGAACGUCAUCAGGGGAAUGGCGUACAACUUUAACAAGAUCAACACCAACAACCUGGGAACCCCCUACGACUACAACUCAGUCAUGCACUAUGGAAGGUAUGCCUUCUCUGCUAACCGCCAGGCCACCAUCGUCCCGAUCCCCAACGCCAACGUGGCCAUCGGCAGAGCCACCGCCAUGAGCGCCAACGACAUCCUCAGGAUUAAGCGUCUCUAUGGCUGCAGAUGAGUGGAUGAUGAGACCUCCCAUUCGUGAAGAACCGGCCCAUCUGCAUAGAUACACAUCAAGCACGCCAUUGGCUGUUCCAGCAAAGCUGCAUAGAUACAAGCAUGUGAUUGGCUAAUUCAGCACAGCUGCAUAGAUACAGCACAAGCAUGUGAUUGGCUAAUUCAGCACAGCUGCAUAGAUGCGCACACAGCAUUGCUUUUUAGCCUUUAUCUUUGAAUGAACACGUUGAUUGUUUACAGGCGCAUAGACAGAAAUCAUAACAUGGGUAGGCCUAGUCCAAAACAUAUGAUUGGUCAAUUUCAUCACUAGACCUGCCAAUCAAACUGAUUGAGUCCUGUGAUUGGCUGGGCCUGAUGGAUAGGCGUCCACCCAUGGUUAUGCAGCCCAUGAUUGUGGAAAUGUGAUUCUGAACUGUCGUGUUGAAAUCAAAUCUCAAUCAAGUGUGAAAAGGAAAUUAGGGCAAUAAGUUGAUCAGUUGUGAAGCGUUUUUUGUGUGUUUGCAGAAGCCAAUAAAGCUGUUUUGA